UUCAGAGAUAAAAUGGGGAUUAUUGAGGAGGAUGAAGACUCUCUUGUUUCCCCACAAAAGAAUCAGGCCUGGGCUAAACCGACAAUUAUUAGAAGAUCUGAAAACACUGAAGAAUCCACUGAUGAAAGAGUAGAAAUAUAUUUCGAGCUGAUUAACAAUAUAAAGAUGGUUCGCUGUCCAUUCUGUUCAAUUCAACCGUUCACAUCUCAGAUUAAACUCAGAAGACAUUUAAAAUCCAACCAUGCCGAGAGGAAAACCUUUAUACAAGGAUCGGUCAGAAGUUUACCAUCUGUUUUUGUGAGCGUGGAAACGUCUGAACCAAAUACCGAUCUUCUCACAGAAAAACGACACCGGCACACUGAAAACUCUAAAGGUUCUUCAGAUAUGGUAUCAGUAGAGUUAAUUGAUGAAACAACCAAUGAAUCGACGGCUGUAGAAAAUAAGAAAAGAAAACAUGUUGAAGACACAUCAACUUCAACUUCAACUAAAUUAAAGAAAUCUCGUCCUCUACUCGAUCCUCUUAUGCAUGUCACCGGGGGUAAGAGAACCAAGAAGGACAAAGAGGACAGUUCUGAGGACGAGGACUGGAAGGAGGAGAGAAAGAAGGAUGAGGACUGGGGAGAGGAGAGGACGAAUAAUAUUGACGUUGAGCUGGAGGACAUGUUUGAGGACAAUGACACGGAAGGAGAUUAUUGUGGGGUUUGCUGUAGUCUCCUGAACCCUGAAACCUUGAGAUUAUCAGCAGAGUUAGUGGACGGAGAAUCUCUAGCUGCAGUUAUUAGUUCAGUUCUAGAUCUGGAGAUGACCGAGCCCCAUUUAUGCGAGGGGUGUGAGGAUCUGAGCUCAGAGAUAUCCCGAACUAGGGUUGAGCUUCUCAAGAUUCAGGAGAACCUUAAGACCAGUAUCAGUAAACUCAAGGACCUGUACCAGGUAGGACGAAGUAUCCUGGAGGAGGAUCUAGGAGAGGCUGGAGUAGGAGAAGAACUCAUUAAUAUUCGUCUUGUAGCAGAUCCAGGACCUCCAAUACGAACAGCAAGAUAUCUAGGAUUUACGACCGGGUCUUGUUACCGAGGACGGAUAGUUCCUAAAGAUGAACUUGUAAAGGAUGAUGGAUCCUGUGUAGAAGAACUAGAAAUACAGGACGAAGAUUCAUGUCUAUUCCUUACCCAGGAGGAGUGGGCCAGCUCAGGGAUAACGGUUUGGGACGGACGGGUUCAGGUUCCUCAGGGUCUAGUGGUCGGAGCUGCGGUUGGUAAACAUCGUCCUAGGUUCUCCUUUUCCCGGGGAACCUGUCAGGAGACUCUAGAUCAACCCUUUCUUUGUCUGGACUGUGAGGAAAGAUUUCAACGACUCAGUGAUUUAAUGGAUCACUCUGAGUCCCAUGAAGGAACUAAGUCACUAAACCUGUUCUCUGAUCUUGAAUGCUCGGAAACAGAUCUGCUCCGGUGUCAGGAGGACGAGGAUAUACUUCCUGAGAUACUGUUUCAAGAACAAGAUCUUGUAAACAAGUUUGAGAAGAUAAAACGGGAUCUAGACGACCAGGAUGCGAGGAGAUAUAAGCUUGAAUUCAAAGCAUUUAUGCACAGGGAGCAGUUUAAAGAGUUCUUCAAUGAUGUUCCAACCCUGGAGAAACCAUUCCAAUGCUCAGAGUGCAAUAAAGUCUUCGCCAGCGCACAGGAGCUCUGGGGACACCAGGUUAGUGUUGGAAGUCAGACCUUCGACUGUAAUUUCGGGGACUGUCGAGAAAUCUUUAUGAAACUGCCGGACUUUGCUGUUCACUACGCACAGCACGCCGGUCACACCCUACACAUUCCUCCAGAUGCAGCUGGUAAGAAGGUUUUAAACAUUCCCUGUCCUAUAUGUGGAACUGUAGUGCCUGGACUUUAUAAACUCCAGAGGCACAAGAUGAGACAUGACCCGGAGAGAAAAUACAAGUGUCCGGCCUGUUGUAAACAGUUCGUAAAAGCAAACACCCUGAGAAAGCAUAUUUCUAACGUGCACAGAGGCGAGAAAGCACAGAAGGAUGAAUUUAUUGACUGUGAUAAACCUGUGAGCCCUGAGCCCCUGCUGGAAGGGCGUGUGGUUACUAGCCAUGCUAUAUUUGCUGAAUAUGAAUGUGCUACGUGUGGUAAACUUGAAGACUCAAUGGAGAAACUAAAAGAACACGAGAUAAGGAAUCAUUCAAACUUUGACUCUGUUCAACAACAGAAAAAAUGUUCAAAGUGUGGCGACGAUGUGUCGGAGGUUGAGUACUUUGGAACUUGUUUAAAAUGUAAACCUAAAAAGAAAGCCUGGCUCCGGAGCUCGUGUCCUGAGUGUGAUGUAGUGUUGAAGGAUGGGGGGAGACUGUCUGAUCACUUUACAACUGCUCAUCCUGGUGUAUCCGCUAGGUUUCAGUGUAGUGAGUGUGAACUCAGACUGCUAACUCUUCAAGGCUGUAGGAAACAUUAUAGAACGAUGCAUCCUGGAGUUCCUUUAACCUGUCUACUCUGUAAACAAACCUUCUCCAAGGAGUUCUCAUUACACCAACAUCUCUCCUCCAGUCAUCAGGACGUUAUUGGUUCUCCUCCUCAUCCUGGUUCUACAGUUCAUUGCAAGCUUUGUAAAGAUACCUUCAGCACAUAUAUGGAGAUGGUCAUUCAUACUCGGCAUAAUCACCUAGUUGAGUCUAUUGAUAUGUCUAAUCUACCCUCAUUAGAUCAGGUAACAAUGGUUGGAGGUCACGUGGUGGAAUUCAGAGAGGAUGGAGAACAGAUUGUAGCUCUUCAUACGAUUCCUUGAGAUAGAACAUGGUCAUGCAGCACCUUGAGAUAAACCUAGCUAGACAAUACCUUGAGAUUGAACCUAGCUAUACAAUAGCUUGAGAUGGAACCUAGCUAGACAAUACCUUGAGAUGGAACCUAGCUAGACAAUACCUUGAGAUGGAACCUAGCUAGACAAUACCUUGAGAUUCAACCUAGCUAGACAAUACCUCGAGAUUGAACCUAGCUAGACAAUACCUCGAGAUUGACCUAGCUAGAAAAUACCUCGAGAUUAAACCUAACCAACAGCUAGAAAUAAUAUCAAUGAUAAUAAAGCAGGGCAGAGAAUUCACUAAUACUCUAUAUUUUAUUCGUUGUUAUGUUAAAAUAUAAUCUUUUUACGUUCUUAA